AUGAAAGAACCUCGUCUCCCACCAGGAUCCUCAGAUCCAUUAACAUACACAUGUACCUGUUCCUCACCGAACGGGCUCAUCCUACUCUUCUACCGAUACUACAACUCCCCGCCUACGCUCACGCCUUCAUUCACUCCCGCCGCGCUCGCAGCUUUCCACUCAGACCUCGCAACAAGGUAUCAGCUCGCGGGCAAAUUUAGGAUUGCGAAUGAAGGGUUUAAUAUUACGGUUGGUGGGUCCAGGGAGGGUGUUGGGAAGUAUGUGAGGAUGUGUAUUGCGCAUGAGAGUUUUGCUGGGUUGGGAUUAUCAUUAUCAGAAGAGCAAGAAGGAGGAGGAGGAGAGGGGGGGGAUGUUAAAGAGAAAGGGGGGCAGGAGGAAGAGUGGCAAUUCGGCCCCAUCGCAAAGAAAUUCUUCAAACCGAGUACCGGCUGCAGCUGUGCAUUCUCCAACCUAGCGAGCGUCCGCAUCGUCGAGGAAAUCACGCCCAUGGGCGUCAGUGGAUAUGAACCCAAAUGGGGAACCGUGGAACGGCUCUCGCCUGAGAAAUUCCACGAGCUGUGCUCGCAGAAGGAUGAUGAUGAUGAUGAUGGGGGGAGGUGCUUGAUUGAUGUUAGGAAUCAUUAUGAGUCCCGAAUUGGAUAUUUCGUGGAUAGAGGGGCGCCGGAGGGGGAGAGGGUGGCUAUCAGACCGGGAAUUAGGAGGUUUGCGCAAUGGCCUAAAUACGCGUCGAAAUUCCCUGCUCCUCCUCUUUCUCAGUCAUCCUCACCAGAAAACUCAAACUCAAACUCAAACUCAAAAGGAAAUAAUGAAAAAGGGGCAGAAGAAGAAGAAGAAACCAAAAAGCAGAAAAAGAAGAAGAAGAUAAUAACAUACUGCACGGGCGGCAUCCGGUGCGAAAAAGGCGCCCACUACCUGGCCGAGCAACUCGGUCCAUCCGCCCAGAUCUGCACCCUCGAAGGCGGCAUCGCGGCCUAUCUCCUCUGGCUGCAAGACGAGAUCCGGCACGGGCGCAAGACCGCGUCGGAUUCGCUCUUCCGCGGCCGCAAUUACGUGUUUGAUGCGCGGGGCUCGCUGGGUAUCGAGGGGCCCGCUGCGCACCAUCAUCCGGUGGCUAAGUGUCACCUGUGCGAUACGCCGGCGGAUGCACUGGGGAAGUGCGAGACGCCUGGGUGUCAUUUGAUACUGGUGGUUUGUGGAUCGUGUAAGGAGGGGGGAAAUAGAUUGGUGUGUUGUGCGGAUUGUGGGCAGAGGGGGGAGGGAGCAGAGAAGAGGAUUUGUUUGUGUGAGAUGAGGAGGGAAACGGAAUUGUGGGGUGAGGAGGAGGUUAGGAGGUGGGAGGAGAAGGCGAGGAUGAGGAAGAAGAAAGGGGGGAAGGCGGGGGAUGGGGGAGGGGAGAUUAAUAUUCGGGUCAAGCGUAUUGAGUGA